UUUAUUUCAGAGGAAAGGCAGUUGCUAAAAGGUAAAAGGCAGUGGCAAAUGAGGACACUUAUGUUUGGUAAUUUUAGCACAAGAUGCAGCUUUCACAGCACCAAUAUGACUGUCUGGAGUGCAAUGAAAAUGGAUAAAACUGGAUCUUUGAGGCUUCCUUUCAAGAAGUGUUAUAAUUAAAGUGGGUUUCCUCUAUUUUAAUCUCCGUUGCCCAAUGUUUAGUUCUUAUUUCAUGUUUAAUUACUAUGAACAAAAUUCUAUGUGCUCUCCCAUGGAGACGUUACGAUUGCAUCAAAUUUCCCUAAAGAAGCUACCCUAUGCUAAUUUUUCAUUCUUCCCUUCUAUUAAAAUAGGACCUAUGCACAGGUAACUAGAUACAGAAUUGCUUAAUUUAGCAUCUGGGUCAGGGGAGGUCUAAGAAUGAAUUGUGGGAAAACAAUACCUUCUAUAUUUAAGUGUGUAAAACAAAGCUUGGAAACACUGCAUAUUAAAAUGUAAAAUUGGAAAUUGGAAAGAACAAGAGUAGACGAUUUAAUUAGGCAUACCCGCCCACACAAACCCAUUCUUAAAACUAAGAAAGGCUAAUCUAUAUUAUGCCAUUUAAAGACAUGCAGCACGAUAAUUUUGGCAUGAUUAAGGAAACUGUCAUAGCUUCAGGGCAUUGAAUUCUAAAGUAGAGUUCCAGGAGUGUAAUGAAAAAGCUACAGUCUUGAGUGACCUAGUUGAUUUGUAUAUCUCAAAAACUACAUAUUUACAGGCAGUCCCCAAGCUAUAGACAUGAUAGGCUCUGUAGGUUUGUUCUUAAGUUGAAAUUGUAUGUAAUUCAGAACAGAUACAUUUUUGAGUGUAACUCCAGCCCAAUAUAUAUUAUACAAUUAAUUUAAUUUGUUCAGUGACUGAGUUCUUAAGUCAAAACAUUCUUAUCUCAAAGCAAAUUUUCCCACUGAAAUGCAUUGAAAUGCUAAUUAUCAUGGGAUUUUUGUUACAUAAGAAAAUGUACUUAAUAAAUAACAAAUAAUGUAUAAAUGCAUAUUUAAAUGCAACUGUAAACAAAGAAAGGUCAAAUUUAACAUGGUGAAGCACACACUUGUGAAAAGGAACCACAAGGAAAUGUGUGUUGGCCAGUGUAACAGCAAGACAAAACAGCAUCAUUUUCUUCAUACUGUACAGUAGGUACAGUACAAAUUCCAGCCUCUCUCCCUCUCUUGCCCUCUCUCUCCCCCGUCCUCUCUCUCUUCUUGAAGCAAAAAUACAGUACCAGGAAUAAAAAGCACACAAAUUGAACUAAACAAACCUUCUGCAGUGGACAGCAAUCUCCCAAAGUAAAGAAAACCAAGUAGCAAGUAGGCAAAGGCAUGCAGGCUGAGGCACUGAGCCACGAAGUACAGAGGCUGCUCCAGUACUCCAUUUGCCGCAAUGUACUCUUACAAUGCUUCUGGUGCAAGUGCCCCUUUUGGCAUGAGUACUCCAUUUUCUGCAAGGGGUCUGGGAAGCAUUGAGGCAAGCAUAAUAAUAAUAAUAAUAAUAAUAAUAAUAAUAAUAAUAAUAAUAAUAAUAAUAAUAAUUUAUUUAUACCCCGCCACCAUCUCCCCAACGGGGACUCAGGGCGGCUUACAUGGGGCCAUGCCCAGAACAAUACAAUAUAACAAAAUAUCAAAACAACACAUCAUAACACAAUUAAACAAUACAAUGGAUAAUAAUAUACAUUACAACACAAAAUCAGAGAAGCAAUAAAAAAACAAGGGCGGGCCACAUGAACACUAAGUUAAAACUCAGGGUGAGAAAGAAAUAAGAAUAAAAACCACAGAGAACAGCGUCCUAAGAUAGUGGUACAGUCUAGAGGAUAGAUAUUGGAGGGGAGCAACAAAAAAGAAGUAUAUGGCAGUUACUCUCCAAAAGCACAACGGAAGAGCCAUGUUUUUAAGUCUUUCUUGAAGGCUAGUAAUGUGGGGGCUUGCCUAAGCAUGGUGCUGUUUUGCACUGUUCAUGGGUCAAAAUCGUGCUCGGAUGUCAAAACGUCACUCUAGGCCAAGUGACGAUUCAUACGUUUAAAAGUACCUAUGUUGGGACAUUUGUACAAAGAGGUUGUACUGUGGAUUAGCUUUGGAUAGCAUAGGGAAUUGUUAAUGCCCGAGUGGAGUUUGUUUUUCUGUCUGUGCCCUUGUUUAGAAGAUUUCACCUCACUUACUGCCCCUGUGAUCAUUGGAUUUUGAAAAAUUUGGCUUGUUGUGGAAACAAUAAUUAGGUUUUUUUUAAAGGUUCAAUUGAGACACUUUCUCCCUAUGAUAAUCCUUUCAGGAGUGAAUUUCCCUUCCUAGGAGUUCACUUCCUGUUGUCUCACCCCAGUUCUUAACUAUGAGUCAUUUGUAAGUCAGAUGUUUGUAACUGUGGGAAUGCCUAUAUUAGAAAAGAAAUAACAUUGCCCAAGCUUUAUAAUUAUCCUGUCUAUUAGGGGUGUGCAAUUCGGCUAAGCUCGAUGCCAUUUUCGGUGUCCAGAUUUCAAUGCCCCCCCCCCCCCCCCGAUCAAUAUUUAAGGAGCCUCCCAAAUUUGGGCAGACAAAAAUCUGUUUUUUGAUGUGGCAGCUGAAAGAUCCAUUUUUGCUCCGGGAAGAACCAUAGUUUCCCCAUAUAUCCUUCAAUAACACUUGAGUUUAAGGCAUCAGACUUAAGAAACCACCUUUUCUGGCAUCGUUCCUCCUCAAUGCCCUUUCAAAGAAGGAAGAAAAAUUCGUUCUUUGUGGAUCCUAAAGGAUCAACAGGUUCAUAUCAGGAGAUAGUUUCUUUCGGGCAGUUUCCUUAUUCAUUUCUUCAAGGAAAAUAAAUAUUAGCUAUAAAGCUACUACCUAUUUUCUCUCUGACAAUUUUCUGAUAAACAGUGCUUAAGAGAUGAAUGAGAGGCAUCUAACUACUGAAAAAAAUUAGUCUUUACAACACUGGGAACUAGCUGACCACAAUGGCAAAUUCCAGGAAAUUCAGCAAGAACUUUCAAUCUUCUAUAUGAUAUAGGGGUGAAAGAACCACACUUGUGUUAUUAGGUAAGUGCAAAUAGUUUGGGUGUGGUCUUUGUAACUUUUCUAGAGGAAAGCGAAAUUCUUCUGUUUCUGUUUUAGUCCCUUUGUUCCCAUUCAGCUUACAGCCGUGGGAGGGUCUUCAUUUUCUUGUACACACUCUUUCUAUAACAUCUCAAGGCAAAAUGUUGACGCUGUGAGCACAAUACUGUCACUUUCCUUUUAUUACAUAGUAUUUUACAAUCUUUGCCUGAUGAAGCAGCCUAUGAAGCUUCAAAAAUUAGUCUGGUAAGUUCGGAACCUUUUGGUUGACCCAAUAAAGAUUUCAUUACAAAUUGGAUUUCAGACAUAUUUGCAGUUCAGAACUUUAAACCAGGCAUUUUGCAGACUGCAAUAUCUACUCAUAACAGAGAUACAGACAUGGAAAUCAAACUGUGGUAACCCAAACUGUGGUAACCCAAACUGUGGUAACACAUGUCUAUUCUGGCAACACAAAAUCUAAAGAAGUAAUCCACAUUAUCAGGGGCUCACACAACUGCUUGCUUUCCAAUGUGAUAUCUUAUCACUUCCACCAGAGCUUGACAGCCAGUCAUUGAGCUAAAGAAAUAAAUGUGCAAAAGCCCCAGUAUGAAAUAACUAAACAAGACUUCACCAAGAGGUUCACUUCUGUCUUCAGUGGCAACGGCUGUUUCUCACACUACAUGUGUUAAUCAGUUGAUCUGUGCAAAGCUAUCUGUGUUACCACCCAAGUACUGUUUUGUGAAAAGCCACUGUAAUGUUAUAAUAGCAAUUACCAUCUUCUGUCAUUUCUUCAUUUUAUUCCCUCUGAUGUCACUGUUUGCACCGACUCAAGAAUGUGCAGAUAGAUUUGCCAGUGUGAGAUAACACUUCAUUAAUUUGACAAAAUGGGCAUUAUCCAUGCAAGCUUGUAUACAAAAUAGUGUCCCUGUUGUUUUCUCCGGCUCAAAUUACAUAUCUUAUGAAAUUCUUCUUCUUCUCCUUCCAAUUGUAAAUACAUAGGAUGCUAACUGUGAGUGCUAGCAGGGCACAUUGUGUUUAACUAUAUAUUAUCAUUAGUGACAAGCACCACAAUCAUUUCUCAGUCAAAUGUUGACUGUAUUUUCAGAAGGAAGCUUUGGCUCUAUGCAUUCCUUUUCAAGCUUGACAGUGCCCAUAUAGACUUGAUUACCUUCAACAGUUUUUGAACAGGAUAAGCUUCUUUGAAGUCCAUGCAUUUCUCCACAUUUAGUGCAGUGCUUAAAAAAUACUGCUAUCUUAAAUACAGCUAUUUUCUUCAUCUCUUUAUGUGUUCAAAUACACACAUCACCCUGAGAAAACAAUAGCUAUCUACAACCAGGACUGCCCUUAGUGCAGUUCAUGGGUGUGAUGUGAAUAUUGCAAGACUGGGACUAGUGCUAAAGAGAAUGGCCAUUGUGUGUUUCUUUAUCUUAAUUCACCUGGAGAUGCCCUUUAAAGUAAAGCUUCCUCAGCCUUAUGCAAGCCAUUGAUCUGGAGGUUUCACAUGGUCUCCUUGGAAGGGGUGGCGGUGGUAUGCAUCUAAAAGCAUCUUCAGCUUUAUUUUUAUUUUUCAUUAACACAGCAACAUGCCAGGAGGAAACCCUGUUCGGCUGGUGCUCAUGAAAUGUGUGUAUACUAUGGGAAGGAAGCUGCAGCUUAAAACCUUUACUGUAAAUCAAAGAGUACGGAGGGGAUUUUGGUUUUUUAACAGUUCUGACCCCAACUCCUCUCUCCUGUGCUUCACUCUCUUUCAAAGCUUCAUCUCACAAUGUUCCACAAGAGAAAACCGGGGACUACCCUUCCCUUUAGCUUGAUCUAUAUAUUCCCUUGCCUCCUUGCUGUGAUGAAAAGAAACCAAAACAAAUGGCUCAUGCUCCAAAGGGAGAAAGAGAGGGAACGAAAGCUGGAGCACACUGCUCUUACUGCAGGCUUUUUUUACUCACCACACACAGGCGCACGCAUACACAGAGAGAGAGAGAGAGCAUCUCCGGGCUGUCCCUUUCUUGUAAUACGGUGCAGCCCUCCCCUGAGCUGAAGCAAGCAGCCCGAUUGCUCACAUUGAAGCACAUUUGGUAUGCAUGAGCACUACUGUUCCAAGCUGGGAGGGUGUUUUCUUAAGGAAGAUCGGUGGCUAAAGCAAAUCCACUUUGCCAGCCUUUCAGCCAAGUUGUAGGAGGCAUCUGUCUUAUGGAAUUGCAAGUGUGGACACCCAGCGGGUAUGGAAUAUCACAAGCGUGGAGGAGCACUUGUUUUGUAGGCAUUGGCAAGGUUUGGGCUUCUUUAUUCCUGUGGAAUUGUUGGGGGUCAUGAGUCAAAGUGAUGCUCCCCGGCCACUAAACUGGACCAUUCGAAAGCUGUGCCAUGCUGCCUUCCUCCCAUCUGUCAGACUACUUAAGGCUCAGAAGUCAUGGAUAGAAAGAGCAUUUUGCAAAAGGGAAUGUGUUCACAUCAUACCCAGCACCAAAGACCCCCAUAGGUGUUGCUGUGGACGCCUAAUAGGUCAACAUGUGGGGCUCACUCCAAGUAUCACCAUUAUUCAGAAUGAGAAAAAUGAAGGGCGGCUCUCUCGGAAUGAUGUCCAGUCAGAGAAGUGGUCAAUCAGCAAGCACACGCAACUCAGCCCCACGGAUGCCUUCGGAACCAUUGAGUUUCAAGGUGGAGGUCACUCGAAUAAAGCCAUGUAUGUGCGUGUGUCUUUUGACACAAAGCCUGAUCUUCUCCUACACUUGAUGACUAAGGAAUGGCAGCUUGAACUCCCCAAACUUCUCAUCUCUGUGCAUGGAGGUCUCCAGAAUUUUGAACUUCAGCCAAAACUCAAGCAAGUCUUUGGGAAAGGCCUCAUUAAAGCAGCCAUGACAACAGGAGCAUGGAUAUUCACUGGAGGAGUAAACACAGGAGUCAUUCGUCAUGUUGGGGAUGCACUGAAAGACCAUGCCUCAAAGUCUAGAGGGAAGAUCUGCACUAUUGGAAUAGCUCCCUGGGGAAUUGUAGAAAACCAAGAGGAUCUGGUUGGAAAAGAUGUGGUCCGGCCGUACCAAACAAUGUCCAACCCAAUGAGUAAACUGACAGUACUCAACAGCAUGCAUUCUCAUUUCAUCUUGGCUGAUAAUGGGACCACAGGAAAAUAUGGUGCAGAAGUGAAACUUCGCAGACAGUUGGAAAAGCACAUCUCACUCCAGAAGAUAAAUACACGGAUCGGGCAAGGGGUCCCAGUGGUGGCUCUCAUUGUGGAAGGAGGACCCAAUGUAAUUUCUAUUGUCUUGGAAUAUCUACGUGACACUCCACCAGUUCCUGUUGUAGUGUGUGAUGGCAGCGGCCGGGCAUCGGACAUCCUUGCAUUUGGUCACAAGUACUCAGAAGAAGGAGGGCUUAUCAAUGAAUCACUGAGGGAUCAAUUGCUUGUCACAAUCCAGAAGACUUUCACCUACACCAGGACUCAGGCACAGCAUCUCUUCAUAAUCCUCAUGGAGUGCAUGAAGAAGAAGGAACUGAUUACAGUGUUCCGCAUGGGAUCAGAAGGACAUCAGGACAUUGAUCUGGCUAUUUUGACAGCUUUGCUGAAAGGAGCGAAUGCCUCUGCUCCGGAUCAACUAAGUCUGGCAUUAGCCUGGAACAGAGUAGACAUCGCACGCAGCCAGAUUUUUAUUUAUGGGCAACAGUGGCCGGUGGGAUCCCUUGAACAAGCAAUGUUGGAUGCCUUGGUAUUGGACAGAGUGGAUUUUGUGAAAUUGCUCAUAGAGAAUGGAGUAAGCAUGCAUCGUUUUCUCACCAUCUCCAGACUAGAGGAAUUGUACAAUACGAGACAUGGACCAUCCAACACUUUGUAUCAUCUUGUCAGAGACGUCAAAAAGCGUGAAUAUCCAGGUUUCGGUUGGAUCUAUUUUAAGGGAAACCUACCACCAGAUUAUAGGAUAAGCCUCAUUGAUAUUGGCCUUGUGAUCGAAUACUUGAUGGGAGGAGCCUAUCGCUGUAAUUAUACUCGAAAACGCUUCCGAACUCUCUAUCACAACCUGUUUGGUCCCAAGAGACCCAAGGCCCUGAAACUUCUGGGGAUGGAGGAAGAUGUCCCAAUGCGAAGGGGAAGAAAAACAACCACAAAGCGAGAGGAAGAAGUGGAUAUUGACCUGGAUGAUCCUGAGAUUAAUCAUUUUCCUUUCCCCUUUCAUGAGUUAAUGGUGUGGGCUGUAUUGAUGAAGCGACAGAAGAUGGCCCUCUUCUUCUGGCAACAUGGAGAGGAAGCCAUGGCUAAGGCUCUGGUGGCCUGUAAACUCUGCAAAGCCAUGGCCCAUGAAGCAUCUGAGAACGAUAUGGUGGAUGACAUAUCUCAGGAGCUAAAUCACAACUCCAGAGAUUUUGGCCAGCUGGCAGUGGAGCUGCUGGACCAGUCUUACAAGCAGGAUGAACAACUGGCAAUGAAACUGUUGACCUAUGAGCUGAGAAACUGGAGCAACGCCACAUGCCUACAGCUGGCAGUGGCAGCCAAGCAUCGAGAUUUCAUUGCCCACACUUGCAGCCAAAUGCUGCUCACAGAUAUGUGGAUGGGGAGGCUCCGGAUGCGCAAAAACUCAAGUCUAAAGGUAAUUCUAGGAAUUCUACUUCCUCCUUCAAUUCUCAGCUUGGAGUUCAAAAACAAAGAUGACAUGCCUUACAUGUCCCAAGCUCAGGAGGUCCAAGUUCAAGAGAAAGAGCCAGAGGAACCAGAAAAACCAGUGAAAGAAAAAGAAGAGGAGGACAUGGAACUCACAGCAAUGUUAGGACGUAGCAGUGGAGAGUCAUCAUCACGAAAGAAGGAGGAGGAAGAAGUUCAGACUAGACACAGAUGGAUUCCCUUUGGACGCAAGAUCUAUGAAUUCUACAAUGCCCCAAUAGUUAAAUUUUGGUUCUAUACUAUGGCAUAUGUUGGAUACCUGAUGUUGUUCAAUUAUAUUGUAUUGGUGAAGAUGGAACGCUGGCCUUCCACACAGGAAUGGAUAGUUAUCGCUUAUAUUUUUACAAUGGGAAUAGAGAAGAUGAGAGAGAUAUUAAUGUCAGAACCUGGGAAGCUGCUGCAGAAGGUGAAAGUAUGGCUUCAAGAGUACUGGAAUGUUACCGAUCUCAUUGCUAUUCUCCUGUUUUCUGUGGGUAUGAUACUUCGCCUUCAGGAUCUGCCACUCAGAAGUGACGGUCGAGUUAUAUACUGUGUCAACAUCAUUUACUGGUAUAUCCGAUUGCUUGAUAUCUUCGGGGUGAACAAAUAUUUGGGGCCAUAUGUAAUGAUGAUUGGGAAAAUGAUGAUAGACAUGAUGUAUUUUGUCAUAAUUAUGUUGGUUGUUCUGAUGAGCUUUGGUGUUGCAAGGCAGGCAAUACUCUUCCCCAAUGAAGAGCCCUCAUGGAAACUGGCAAAAAAUAUUUUUUACAUGCCGUAUUGGAUGAUCUAUGGGGAAGUGUUUGCAGACCAGAUAGACCCUCCUUGUGGUCAAAAUGAAACCAGAGAGGAUGGUAAAAUAAUCCAGCUGCCGCCCUGCAAACCUGGAGCAUGGAUUGUUCCGGCCAUAAUGGCUUGCUACCUGUUGGUUGCAAACAUCCUUCUGGUGAACUUGCUGAUUGCUGUGUUUAACAACACCUUCUUUGAAGUUAAAUCUAUAUCUAACCAAGUCUGGAAGUUUCAGCGGUAUCAGCUCAUCAUGACUUUCCAUGAAAGGCCAGUCUUGCCACCUCCACUCAUCAUCUUCAGUCACAUGACUAUGAUAUUUCAACACAUAUGCUGCAGAUGGCGGAAACACGACAGUGACCCAGAUGAGACAGACUAUGGGUUGAAGCUUUUUAUAACAGAUGAUGAACUGAAGAAGGUUCAUGAUUUUGAAGAACAAUGCAUAGAAGAAUAUUUCAGAGAAAAAGAGGAUAGAUUCAAUUCUUCCAAUGAUGAAAGAAUCCGCGUUACCUCUGAAAGGGUAGAGAAUAUGGCCAUGCGAUUAGAGGAAGUAAAUGAACGGGAACAUUGCAUGAAGGCAUCACUUCAGACUGUAGACAUCCGUCUUGCUCAACUGGAAGACAUGAUAGGGAGAAUGGCUACAGCAUUAGAUAAGCUAACCGGCCUAGACAGAGCAGAGAUCACUAAGGUACGCUCUCGAACAUCCUCUGAUUGUACUGACACAGCCUACAUUGUGAGACAGAGUAGCUUCAACAGCCAAGAAGGAAACACUUACAAACUUCAAGAGAGUAUUGACCCCACAGGGGAGGAGUCAAUGUCACCAACCUCUCCAACAAUAACACCCCGCUUGCGAAGUCACUCCUUUUAUGCAGUGAAUAUGAAGGACAAGUGUGGGUUUGACAAGCUUGAAAGCAUUUUUAAAGAAAGGUCUCUGAGCCUCCAUCGUGCGAGUAGUUCCCAUUCUGUCUCAAAAGAGCAAAAAGUACCUUUAGUGCCUACAAGCGCUCUGUCUAUUGCCCCAGAUUCCAGAAGGCCUUCCUCUUGCAUAGACAUUUAUGUCUCUGCCAUGGAUGAGCUGGAGUCUGUAAUAGAACCCCUCGACAGUUCGAUAAAUAUCCUGGGGACAGGAGACCCAGCUCUCCAAGGUCAGAUGGCUUCCAGCAUUCUCUCAAGUAGUGCUUACAUCAGUGGUUCUCCUGCCGACAGAAUUUCAGGCAGGAGUAUUGACUAUGAAGACCCCUCUUCAAUAGAAACAAGGGUGUUUUCUUCAGACUACUCACAACUCACAGAAAGCCAAAACCCAUGGGAAUCUGACCCUCCCUUGUACCAAACCUUAGAGCGGUCUAAAAGCAGUCGAUACCUGGCUACAUCUCCAUUUCUUUUGGAUGAAGCACCCAUUGUCAAAUCUCACAGUUUCAUGUUCUCGCCUUCUCGGAGCUACUUCAGCAGCCUUGGUGUGCCAGUCAAAACAGCAGAGUACACGAGCAUCACAGACUGCAUAGACACAAGGUGUGUCAGUGCUCCUCAAACCAUUGAAGAAAGAUCCAUCUUCCCUGGGAUCCAUGGAGAGAAAAUAGAGGACAUAGGAUGCUGCCACCCUGAGAGGGAGGCAGAACUAAGUCACCCAAGCUCUGAUAAUGAGGAUACUGAAGCCAAAGACAAAAAAGUGGUUUCCUUAUCAUCUCAAGAUAGCAAUACAUCUAGAACACUGCCUAACAGUAUCCCUCUUCCAAAAAUUGAACGGGCCAACAGUUAUUCGGCAGAUGACUCCAACUCAUUGUAUGCACACACCCGGAAAAGCUUCUCCAUCAGUGAUAAACUUGAUAGACAACGCAAUGCGGCAAGCCUACGAAAUACGUUCCAGCGGAGCAAGUCGUCAAAACCAGAGAACAGAGGGGACACCUUGUCAAUGAGAAGACUCUCUAGAACAGGUGCCUUCCAUAGCUUUGAGAGCAAGCACAGUUAGAGAUAGCAAGCAUAUGACAAGAAAUGUCUGAGAAUUGUCUGCUCUCCAGCUCUUUUCUUUAGCAGAAUGAAGUAACCUCAGACCGUGAUAUGUCAGCAACAGCUGGCAUCUGCCACCCGUCAAGUUAGCACUUUGUAAUCUCAGUGUCAAGCACUGGGCUUCUGUAUCUUGACCUAGUUGACAAUUGCACUUAAUGGGGGUAGGGGGUGGGUGGAAAAAUUAUAGAGAUGUUAUUUUUAAAAACCUUUAUGAUAUCAUGCAUAAAUGGGUGAAUAGAUUAAGAAAUCUGCCUUUGACAUAAGGAUAGAUUGUGUUUUUUUAAGGGAAACAAAACGCAUACAAAGAUGGUAUUUGAAUUUUGAUUCUGUUGGCUUUUACACCAGUGCCAUCUUUGUGAUGGCUGAUGAACUACACCUUUGUAUUAUUCUGUGGAAACCAAAAGCAAACAAGUCCUUAACUUUCCCCAGCCUGUUCACUUCUCUGUAUUUCUCUUUAAUCAUGGUAAAGAGAAAUUAGCUGAACACUCUCACAGUUCACCGGUCUCUUUUUUGUAUUAACUUAUAGUGCCACAAAUGUUUAUAUUUUCAAGAAGGGAAGAAAAGAGAUGCCUUUUGUAUAGCAGCAUGAGGAAAAGGGAACAAUUUAUUUAAUAAGUAGUCACAUGGUUUCCUGUUAUUAAACAGGCUUUUUAGCACAGUUGAGCAAGCUCAGGAUGAAUGUAAUUAAGUGGAAUAGUAAAUAUUUAUUUUUUUAAGCACACACGUCAUCAGUUUAGAAGGUAUGUUGUGGAACUCUAUUAAAAUGUCAUGGUGAGAGGGUGCAAAUAAGAGCAGAACUGAUAUUAUGUGCUCUGUUCCGUGCUAUGUUUUCAUUUCAUUAUUUUUUUAGUAUUUGCAUCUACUACAGCUUUUCUUCUUUUUGUCCUUGCUAUGUUCUUAUAACUGUUCCCUCAUUUAGCUUCCACCAUUUUAUUUUAGGACAUAUUGUACCAGAACAUUACAAUAUUUAUAGUACUGUAUGUUUAUUAUAUGGUCUGAUAUUGAAGGAGCACGGAACAACAGAAGAUGCUGAAUGAUGUUCUCUGACAAAACAAAGGCUUACAGAGCUUAGUUAAACUGCCAAAGUGAAAUUAGGAUCAUGAUAAUUGCAAAAGCCAUUCUUUUAACUAUGCUUCCAUUGUAUAGAGAUCCAAAAUAGUGAGACAUUAAUACUGUGCCCUGGAAUGUAAGAGCCAGUUCCAUCCCACUACUCUGCAGCCCUACUAUACAUCAGUGUUUGCAAGAACUCUUGAGGGUUGCAAGAACUCAAAGUAUUUCACACUAUUACUUUGAAGGUGGUUCACACUAUUAAUAGGAUAAUAUAGCAGAUAGAUCACAGUGUCCCCCAGAAGAAGGAAAUCUUAACAUGGAACAAUUUUAGAGAAAUAAUUAAUCCUUACUUAAUCAUAUGGGAUCACUAGAUCUAUAGUAAUAUAUGCACCACUGUCCUUUGUUGCUGAUAAUAUAUAGGACACAUUUCCUUUUAAAAUACUUUCUGCACUCUCAAAUGGUCAUGAUUCAUUUAAGAAGUUUUAACCAUCUCAGCCUGAACAUGUACACGCAAGCACAAAGCAUUAAAGGGCAAGAAAAACUAACCUGAUCCUAUCCAGAAAUGUUGAGCUACAAGUCCUAACAGUCUCAGCUGAUAUGUCCAAUUGUCAGGUGUUACUGAAGCUCUCAAAGAUGGCUCAAGUAACACUGCUACAAGCACACAACACUGAUAGUGUGGAUUUAGUUUUUUCUGACACUAAGGACCUCAUCACAUUUAGGAGGGAGAGCAUAGGGAACAUUGUUAUCCCAUUCCAUCCUGUCUUUCCCUGUCUUAUGGGAUGGCCCAUGCCCUUUUUGCAUCUUAUCCCAUCUUUUCCCCAUUUUCCCCUGCAUUCUACAUUCAGGAGUCGGGUAACUGUCUUUGGGCUCCGUUUCCAUAAGCUGCAAAAACAGAGCCCCAAGGAGUCCCACCAGAAGUACCCUUACAUUGUCUGAUGUCCUCCGUGAGACUUGGUUUCCAAAAUGCAUGGAAACGGAGCCCAAAAACCAUCUGAUGAGGUCCUAAUUAAGUAGGGGCAAAGAAAAAACCCUGUGCUGAUUUCAAUUGCACAAUUAUUAGAUUCUGUUGUACAUUCCAUCCUGUCUAUCAACCCAACUAUUCUUCUAAAGUUUACCCAGCCGUUUGGUAGUUUGUUGACUUGUUUGAAUGUAUGUAAUUGUGUCUUAAGAUGUGCUGUCUUUAUGGAGACCAAGAAAAAAGCAAUUUUCUUUACCAGUCUGCUUCACCUGAUACUUUUGUUAUGGAUUUUAGAAGAGCACCUUUAGGAAGAGAAAGAACAUUUCAGAGUGGUACUUUUUCCCACUCCAAUUUGCCCAAUAAAUUGCUUUCACAUGUAUACACAAACAAACACACAUUGCCCAGGGAAUAUCAGAUAUAUAUUUCCUGAUGCUUUCUUUUUAAAAAAAAAAAAGUUAAAACUAAGCCAAACAAUCCCCAAAUUCGGCCUUGUGUAUUAGCAUGCAAUAUAGUUAAUUCUUGUAUCAAGGAAUUCUCCAGUACAUUUUAGCUGAUAAUGCCACUUUUAAAGCUUAAUUUCAUAUUUACCACAAUCAUUUCCUACUAAGUAGUAUUAAGAUUAAAGUAUAAUAAGAUAGCCCUGACCUGUUUUUGGUACAGCCUCAAAGAGUACUAGGAAAGGAAAAAGAAAAAAUACAGAAAAUUCCAAUCCCUCAAACACAAAACAAAAUUAAUCACUGUUCUACCCUCCUCCUUCCUCACCCCCAUCUAAACAUAUAAAAAGUUUGAAUUCUGUCCAUAUUCCCAAUUGGACACGUCUCACAUAACAGUUAUUUAAAUCUACAUUCAUUUUAAUCAUAAAAAGGUAAAGGUUUUCCCCUGACGUUAAGUCCAGUUGUGACCGACUCUGGGGGUUGGUGCUCAUCUCCAUUUCUAAGCCGAAGAGCCGGCGUUGUCUAUAGACACCUCCAAGGUCAUGUGGCCGGCAUGACCGCAUGGUGUGCCAUUACCUUCCCGCCGGAGCGGUACCUAUUGAUCUACUCACAUUUGCAUGUUUUCGAACUGCCAGGUUGGCAGGAGCUGGGGCUAACAGCGGGCGCUCAUUCCGCUCCUGGGAUUUGAACCUGGGACCUUUCGGUCUGCAAGUUCAGCAGCUCAGUGCUUUAACACACUGCGCCACCACCAGGGGCCCUAUUUUAAUCAUAUUGCACUAUAAAAAUUGUUCUUACCUUCCAUUUUAAAAAGUCAACAAUAUCUGUUCCUUUACCCCAGGCAUGGGCAAACUAAGGCCCAGAGGGUGGAUGCAGCUCCCUGGGUGCUUAUCUCAGGCCCUCCUCAUUUUCCCUGUAGAAGGACAUGACGUGACAAAAAGAUGGGAGAUGAAGGUACAUAGCAGCUGAGAGCCCUCUGAAGUGUUCUCAGCCACGGUGUGUCUUGCCCUCCUCUCGGCAGGACAGCUCAAAAAAGGCACACGGAAAUUGAGAGCCCUCUGGAGCACUCUCAGAUGCCUCCUGUCUCACCAUCCUCCCAGCAUAAUGCCAAGAGGAUAUCAUGAGGAUUAUGGGAGGUUUGGAGCAGUCACCGCGUGUCCUGCCAUCCUCCCGGCAUAAGGAUGGAGUGAGCAGCCCCAUCCUUACGCUGGGAUGACAGCCUGAGGAUGACAUGGGCCCUGCCCUGACCCAUCCUGGCCCAGUCCCACAAUGUGGCCCCAAGGCAAAAAAGUUUGCCCAUGCCUGCUUUACCCACACUAAGCAGUAUGCAGCAAAAUAGAAUUUCAUAUUGAUCUCCUUGCAAUAUUUUUCAUUUGCCAAAAAAAUCUUGACAAAUCUUUCUGCAAGUGUUUUAAAAUAUGUGUCUUUUGAAAUAAUACUGUCUGAAACAAAAACAGCAUUCUAGUUAACACAUUAAUUUUUACUACUAAAAUUCUCCCCAAUAAUGAUAGGUUUCAGUUCUUCCAUCUUUGAUUUCAUUCCACAUCUUAACAUAGGAAUGUUAAUAUUACAUAAAAUUUGAAAUUAUUGUAAUCCCUAGAUAUGUCACCUUUUUCUGAUUUUGUAGCCAGUUUUUCCAUCAAUUCUGUUUGAUCUUUCAUCUUCAUAUUUACAGUCAAUAUUACACACUUUUGUUUGUUAAUUUUAAAAUAUGCCAAUCCCCAAAUUAUUUUAAUAUUACCAUCAGGCUUUCCAUGCUUUUGAGUGGAUUUAUCAGGGUAAUCAUAAAAUCACCUGCAAAUGCCCUCAGUUUGUACGAUUCCUUUUUAAUCUUAAUGCCUGGAAUCUUUUCAUCUGACCUAAUGUCUCUGUUCAAAACUUUAAGUGCUAAAAUAAACAGCAAUGGUGACAACAGACAUCCUUGUCUAAUUCCUUUUUGUAUCUGACAUGCUUUAGACAGCUCUCUAACAAUUGCUAUAGCUGCGCAUUCGGUCUACAUCUAAAUUUUUCCCUUAUUCUUUUAAGAAUGAGUAACACAUGGUUUUUCUAUGCAAAAGUCUUUGAUAAUAUCUCAACUUUUUGUACUAGUAUCUUUAAAGAUCUGAAAACCCAAAUCAGACCUGUCUUUCAGAGAAGUAAGUGUAAUCCUUUAUCUCUCUAUUUUUAUAUCUCCAUGAUUUUCCUAAUUCCAGGUUGACCAUUAAAUUGGAAGAUUCAAUACAUUUGUAAUUUAUCUUGAAAAAAAACUAAUAUUUUAUCUGAGGUUCUAUCUUUGGGAGGAAUAGAAUAAUCCCAUUCCAAUCCCCAAUAAGCACCAACUGUUAUAUUACACAGUUAACAAUUAAUCCCCAACACUAUGUAACAGGUUACCCUACUUUCACUCAGAGCAUUCACCCCCACUACCAAAGUUUUAAUCCCUGGUAAAUUAAUCUGGUUCAUCGGCCAGUACUAGUUCUCAACCCAAAAUAGGUUUAAUAUACAACACCAACCCCAUUCUUUUUCUUCUGGCCUGAGAAAAAUUAUUCUUGUUUCAAUUCUGUAUGACGGAGGUAAACAAAGCCAAAUGUUUUAUGUCAUACUUUUGUGCAUCUCUUGUAGAUCAAUUAUAUCCAAAUUUUAAAAAAUUAAGAAUAAAAAAAUCUCUUCUGUGGAGUGCUGGCUCCAUUUAUGUUCCUAGAAAAAACAUUUGUAUCCAAUUUUUUUGCAAUUUAGUCGGAUUUAUUUCAUGUCAGGAGCAACUUGAGAAGCUGUAAGUCACUUCUGGUGUGAGAGAAUUGGACAUCUGCAAGGACGUUGCCCAGGGGACACCCGGAUGUUUGAUGUUUUACCAACCUUGUGGGAGGCUUCUCUCAUGUCCCUGCAUGGGGAGCUGGAAAUGACAGAAGGAGCUCAUCCAUAUUCUCCCCAGAUUCUAACCGUCAGGUCAGCAACCCAACCUUCAAGUUAGCAGUCCUGCUGGUGCAAGAGUUUAACCCAUUGUGCCACAGGGGGCUCCAUAUUUAAUCAGAUGAGUCCCCAUUAAUGGUGUUCAGUGUCUGAUGGAUGUUGUUUGUUAAGUACUAGGGGCCUCAUCACACUUUCCAAUUUAAGCAUCCUAGAAUGCUUGCCAGCCAGUAGAGGGACAGAUAGGCACACAUGCCAUCACAUGACAACUUCUGGUGGAGGCACUGCUUCCAUCCAGUGUGAAAGCAUCUUAGGAUGCUUCCUCAUCAACACAAGGCUCCCGUGUUCUGCCCAAAUUGGGCAAUGUUUCCUCCCUGUGAUGGGGGGAACAAUGUUGCCCCACAUUACUGCCAGUUUGCUAUGCUUGCUGCAAAAUGGCACGGGGGGGGGGGGGGGGGGAAUAAGGUCCUGGGUCUCUGACAUCUGAAGACUGCUUCCCCUUUCUUUUCUUUGCUUCUGUUCCUUAAACAUCAAAUCCUUUUUCUUAUCUUCUUCGUUCCCUUACAAACCUUAUAUUUUCUCACUUAAUAUCUUGGUUUUUGCAUCAAAUCUUACAAAAGUAAGUGUUUUAAAACUCGGUCUGUCAAGGUUUUACCAUGUUCUUCUUUAGCUGCCAAAAAAAACCCAGAAUCCUUUCUUUUGCAUAAAAUUCUUAUCAGAAUCUCCUUAAAACCUUCAAUUUUGUGAAGAUUGAAUCUGUCACAGUCUUUUUGAUGAAAUAAACAAUUACAUCUCUUGGCGAGUUUCUUGCCUUUGCCAAUAUACUUUAUUCUAUAAACAGUGUCCGUUUUAUAACAUAUUUCCUCUAUUUCUUUCUCCCAAAAAAUCUGCCAAGUCAUUAAUCUGUUAUUCUUUUCUUUGUUCUCCGGAAUUAAACUGAAUCUUAAACAUUAUUUCCUCUGCCUCAUUUCAAAUUGGGUCAGAUUAUACAAUUAUUGUUCUUUCUUUUUAUACAUUAGACUUCAAAUCAAGUUACUUCAUUUUCUCAUUUAUCAUCUUGAAUUCUUGUUGUAAUUGUCAAUUGAUUCUUCAAUGUCUUUCACUUCUCUCCUGAUCUUCCGAUGUAUUUCUUAUUUCAAUUCUUGUUUAAUUUUUGAUUUUUUUCCCCUUGUUUCUCUUUUUUUUAUCGGGUCCUCCUGGAUCUGUUUGCAUUCCCCCAUCAUUUUUACUAUUAAAUUAAACUAAUUUCCCCUUUGAUUUCCAAAAAAAUGAUUUAAAAUAACUUUUAAAUCUUUUUUGAAAUUACAGCACAUAUCUCUCCUCUUUUUUCCCCUCUCCAGAAUACUCAGUCUUGUUAAUAGAAUCAGGGGACAUACCUGGGCUGCUUUUCAUUACACAGAAAAGAUAGCUUACUUAAUUAAUCCAGAUCAUUAAAAAGAAAGUUUAAAAGAUGGGGUAGAUUAUCCUAGAGUCCAUUUAAAAAACAAAUUAUUUCUCGCAGCUGGGCAAGCAUGUUUCAUUGCCAAUUGCCUACUCCAGUGAUCUCCUUAUGAAGACCUUAGUUGGGCUGAUCUGGCUGAUCCCACAUUCCCUCCUCUAUUCAGAAUGAAAUUUCCAUAGUCAUGGCUCACUCCUGAUCAAUGAUCACUGCUGAAGACAUUUCUGGAAUCAAUCACAUGCUCAAAAUGUUUGAACACCAUUUCCUCCCACUGGAAUUCAGCAUCCAGUGGGAUGCCGACUUCCAUAUUAAUCCAUACCCAUAUUAAUCAAGGAGCAAUAAUUCCAUUGCUACAUUAUUAUUAUUAUUAUUAUUAUUAUUGCUAUUAUUAUUCAUUUCUAUCCCGCUUUUCUCCCAUGGGUGGGAUUCAUAGCGGUGUACAACAUAUAAAAUUCAUACAAAUACAUCUGACCGUAAUACAUAAUCAGAUUAAUACAUCAUAUCCUAAUAUAAAAACCCAAUUAACAUAUCAAAUAAAACGAUUUUUAAAACUUGCAGCAAGCACCAUUUACAAAUAUCCAUAAACUCAGACCACUGAAGUUGUCAGGUAUUAUCAAAUUAUUUAUCAGACUGGCAGUGCCUAUUAUCAUUUGUCUGGGAAGGCUUGGCUCCACAGAAAGGUUUUAAUUUGUGAAUCUAAGGCCAGUAAGGAGGGGGCUUAUCAUACCGCAUUAGGAAGGGAGUUCCAGAGCUGCGGGGACAUCACCGAAAAGGCCCUCUCUCUUGUUCUCACCAAACGCAUCUGCUAUGGUGGUGGGACCGAGAGAAGGGCCUCUCCUGAGGAUCUCAGGGCUCAAGUGAGUUGGUAAAAGAAGAUAUGGUCCCUCAAGUAGGCUGGGCCCAAACUUUAUAGGGCUUUGUAGCCCAAAGCCAGCACCUUGAAUUGUGCCCGGAAACAAACUGGAAGCAGUGUAGCCACUUCAGGAGCGGGGUAGUUCUUUCUCUAUAUCCCGCUCCCGUGAACAGUCUAGCAGCUGACCUUUGAACCAGUUGAAGUUUCUGAAUGCUCUAGGGAGUAAACAAAGUGAGUAAACUUCUUUGAGGGGUAUAAAGGUAGAAGUACUCUUUUAAAAAAAAUCUGAAAGGUGGUAAGUAGUUUAACACAUAGAGAAUAUAUAUUUGAAAGCAGUUAUGUGAUUAUGAAAAUACAAUUUUCCAGGAACAACUUUGGUUUUCUUGAUACUGUGCUGCAUCUUUGAUGCCUGUUAGGAACACAUCCUGUAUUUCAAAUUUUGCUGUCUAUGAACAAAUCAUUUUGGGUAUUUGGAACAAUUCACUGUAUUUGCUUUCCAAAUGAUGGCAAGAAUAAAUAGUGCACACAUUUAUCUCAUCAUAGUUUCUUCUAAACAAGUACAGCUUUAUAUAGUCAAAUAGAGAGAGAUUCUAUACACCUAGAGAAAUACAGUUUUGAUUUAUUGCCUAUUAUCCUAAACCAUUAUAAUAUUGGCUUUAUAACUGCUGAUCCAACAUUCAAAUGAACAGGAAAGCCACAUUAAUGUGAGAUGAAAUGAGAGAGCACCAAUAAGUUAGGAUAAUCAGAUUUUUCUACUUCUUGAUGGGAAUCCCACUAUUACAUGUAUUGAGUGCUAUAUUAUAAAAAUAUCAUGUCCCGUGCAUAAUCCAAUAUUGUGAUGAUAUGUGAUUGUAUUAGUGAACGUUAUAGAAUAGCAUCUGACUUCAAUCUAGUCAGAUGUUUAUACGGUGUAUAACGUUCAAUAAUACAGCACAUGUUACACUGAACAAUAGGCUUUGCCAGCCACAUUGCCAGCAUAUAGAUAUAUAGAUAUAACAUAAUAUACAUUCCUUGGGCAAGGAGUCACCAUUGGUAGCUGCAAUGUGUUUCACUUUCUUCCAUAUAGCUCCACUGUCAAUGUCUGUGAACUGGCAUAAAAAUGAGCCACUGUGAGCUGUGAUAGGUGCGUUGUGAUAGUGUGAAAGAAAAAAAGGGCAUGUUAUGCAAAAUAUAAGAUAAUUAACUUCAAAGUAAUAUUUUAAAACUCAGUUGAGUUAACUGUUUGUUUACAUAUGCUGGACAAUUAAGGAAGCAGUGUACAGUAUUUUUAAAAUAUUUUCAUAUAGUGAUUCAUUCUGUUGUUUCCAGUUUCAGUGAUGCUACUCUAUACUUGGGUAUAUACAUGUCCAUAAUAUGGAAUGAUAGCACAUUAUUCUUUCACAGUAAUAGUGUGAUAAUGGUUGAAAUAGUUUCUUCUUCCUUAAAGUUCAGUCUUAUUUUGUGCCGAUAAAAAUGCAUGCGUUGUUCCAUUAAUUCCUUUGAACUAUUAUGAAGUUUAACAUUUCAAUAUUGCCUGCCUGUUACAAUGAAUCCAGUUAGAAUGAAUUAAUAAUUUUGGACUUGUACAUUCUUUUCCAAUGUGUUCGUUUUAAUGAAAUUGAUUUUUAAAAGCACUUUAACAUUACAUGGAAUGAAGUAUAUUGAACAACACAGGUCUUGAACCUAUAGCAUUUCUAACUGAAAUAAUAUAUCUUUUGGAAAUAAGGUACUUCAUUACCAGUUUUAGCCAAGGUCUGUUAACAAGUAGCAGCAAGUUGCAAAUCACUGACGUUAUAAGAAUUGUCAGUAAGAAAAUAAAACCCAUACAUCUAUAUAAGAAAAAUUGCUGAAGAGUCUGGAAAGUAAACGUUCAUAUGAUUUAUUUUCGACAUUUGGAGAUGCAUCUGUGUAUCUGGGUAUCAGGAUAUGUGCUUCUUUCUCAGGGUUUAAAUGGCUUAGGGAACAUAAUUGUAAGAGAGAAAGCAAAACAGUAUUUUAGAUUGUGCAGCCACCCAGAUCUUGAUCAAUGUAAGGAGGAAACUCAACUUUGCAAGCCAGUGUUCAUGUAAUAAAGUGGACACUUGCGUCACGUGGAGCCUUAAAAUCUGAUCCUAACAUUGUCUACAUCAAGAAAGCCCAACAUUAUAUCAAGGCCAGAGGAAGAGCACAAUGGCUUUACAGGGAUCAGUGUUGGCACAAAUUGUUAGGAUCACAGCGUGGGUGGGAUCUCCAGAAUAAUAAUUUUAGAGAGAGAUCCUCCCUGGUAUUAAGGAAACUGUUCUGGAAGAAGAUGGUUGAAGAUAAAGGCAUCUCAUUCCUGCAUCUGGAAAGAGAUGAUGAAGUUUCUAUUCACAUUUACCCAUCUGUCUCCCCAAAUUAAAGAUGAACAGCCUAUGAAGCUGAAUACAACCCAGUAAGAAAGAAUGAAAAUGUUACUGGAAACUCUUAAUGCAAGCUUUUAGGUGAACAAAAUACACAUGUAUUUUAUAUUCUCAGGUUAUUGCUUUCAGUGAUUCAGAAAUCAGGACAAGAAAAUGGCAAAUGCCUUCUUGGUUUCUAAUCAUUAAGAUGUCAAGGUUUCAGAGUGAAAGGGUUUAGUAAUCUCUAACAAAUUAAUAUUUUUGGAAAAAAGCAUAUUUGCACAAACACACCCAUUUGAAAACAGAGGAAAUAUACACUUUUAGUCUAAUGAUUAUAUCACCAUUUAACAUCAGAUCUUGGAAAUAGUAAUUUCACCAUUCAGUAUCCCUCAGUCUAAUUUCUAAUAGUUGUAGUUCAAAAAAGAAAUGUUCAAAAGCUGUGGUAUUAAUCUAAUUUCCAGAAAGCUCUGAACUCUUAUAAAGCUUCCACACAGGAGCAAUUUUGGAAGGCCAAGCUUUCAGGUGCCCUGAAAUUAAUAGGUCUGUUGAAGUCCCAAUGCAUCACAGCUCACAAAACACUCCAAAGAAAAUAAUCCAAAGCUACAAAGUGUCCCUUAGUUUAUUUUUCUUUUGAUUUAAUGUAUUUUUCAUGCCAUUACUGAUUCUCCAUCUCAAAAAAAACAUAAUGUAGAUGACAAUGAAGUAAUAGGUCUUAAACUAUCCCCUUUCUCUUCUUUCUCUUCAUUAGAAAUCACAAUGUUCAAACUUUUCAUACCUACCAAAAGCAUGACCAUUAUUGAGAUCUGCUUUUGUGACAUGUUUACUUUGGUUUUCUGGUUUUUCACUUUUUCAUUAGAACAUUCUGGAAAUCAGUCUGUGCCUGUGUUUUCUUCUCUGGAAGAAUAAUUUCCUUUAGAUGUCUAAGUACAGCAAGUCCAACGUCUUUAAAAGAUAUAUACCCCAAUCCAGAUUUCCUUUUAUAUGUGCAACUAUCAAUAUGAACAAAAAUUAUUGCAGCUCAGGAGAGGCCCUAUAACUCAAUAUAGUAAGGCAGCCACUUCUUCAUUAAAAGGCAAGAAAUAAUGAAUUAAUUUGUUGCUGUUUUAUUGCCUGAAAUGCUUUUGGGAAUUUCUGCUCAUGUGUUGAAAUAAUAUUAGUGGCUCGAGUACUGGGCAGCAUGAUUGGAAGGUACUGAAGUACGGGGCAUCAUUUGGUGCUCUACUUCAAGCAACAAAAUGUGUUGAGUUGUGGAAAUACCAUAUUUCACUGAUUCUAAGGUACACUUUUUCCGUUUCAGGGGUUUCAAAAAUGUGGCACCUUAUAUUUGCUGGGUAAUAUUUUUUGUAGAACUGUUUUACUUCUGAGAGAGAGGAGAAAAAGCCCCAGGCGCAAUGGCUCUGUCAUGCCCUCACUCAUUUUGUCCUCCGCUUCCUCCUUCUACUGCCUCCCCAAUGGGGCCAAAUACUUAAUAAUAUAGACUCACGCAGACAAAUUACUUGCAGGGUUCUUCACACUCCUUCCUCACCCCACAGGAAAUAUUGCACUGCAAAACAUAUUAAAAGAAAACAGGUAUUGUGUGUGCGGAGGAAAAUUCUAAAAGAUAUUCUAAGAAAAUACUUUUUUCAAAAAAAAAAGUUGCGCCUUAAAUUUUAUGGUGCCCUCGGUUCAGUGAAAUACGGUACCUAUGUGUUCUCCAAUUGAAGCAUGUAGCUGAUCAUGGGCAAUAAUUUGAAUAUCCUUCAGUAGAGCUGCAAAACUUUGAGGCAGAGCUUGGCGACAUUACUUGCAGAAACAUAGUUGCAUUCUGGACACUGUUGUCCCAAAAGUUUCUCAAACUCUCCUUCUAGAACCCGGCUGUUCAGUUCUUCCCUGUCUUAAUGGUGUGAAAAUGGUAGCAUAUACUUAGAUAAAAAGAAGUUGCAAUUUUGAGCACAAUGACAUGGAAGUAAAUCCCAUUUUAUUGAGCACAUUGGAACCUUUUUCUCCAAAACAUGCAGAGGAUUGCACCUAUUACUGAAUCUGGAAAGGCACCUUGUGGAAUUAGACAUUUGAAUAAACCAGCUUUAUUCAACGGAGAUUAACAUUAGAAGCCUCAAUGUUAGGCCUGUCCUCCAAAUUGAAAGGGACGGCAUAUUCUUCUGCUUAUUAGCAGGACUAAAAUAAUGCUUACCCCUUGAAAAGAGUUGUGUAUGAACAUUGGAAGAAUUGUCAAAACACAGUAUUUUAUUUUAGAUGUUAGCAAUACCCAGUAACAAAAAUACGUUGAGUAUGUGUGUUCAACAGUGAGAGGCAUUAAAGGAAUGUUUUUCUUUCAUCGUUGUAGCUAACCUCUCUAAGGGGAAUUUUGAUGCUGCUAUUGCUGUCUGGAACAAUGUUUGGAACAUAUCCUAAACGUUAUAUAUUAGAAGGAUUAUGAUUUGCAAACAUUACCUUUUAAGAAAACCUAUUUAAAAGCAACAAAUAAAAAUGUGAUUUCUGAAUUACGUCCUGGAAAGAUUUAUUUGUUCACCCAUAAAAUAUAUACAUAAAUAAAUACCUAGAAGAAUGCCCUUUAAAGUUCUACUGGAUUCACAAUGCACUUUUAGAUUGUAUACUUAGAAAUGUAAAAAAAACAGAAGUUGGCAGUUGCUGCGGUAGGACUUUUGAAAUUUCUGUAACAAAUGUUUUGCAAUAAAAAGGGAUGUAGUUGAAAACUUG